CUUAGAGCCCGUUUAUCGCCGUCAGACUGGCUCUGUUGGCUGCCGUUGGUCUCGUAUCUCGUAGACCACGCAUUGGCCCCCCGUAUCUCACCGCACAUCACUUGUACCAGUAAUAAACGCCUUCCGCCUUGGAGUUUGCACCACUUCUCCCCGACUGGAUAUUGGAACCUUUUUCGCCUGCAAGGCUCCAUAAGCGGGGGCGUGCCAUCUCAUACCGGGCCUGCAGGGCAUCGGCCGAGAGCGGGUGCCAGCGCUGGGCUGACGGGAUAGGCCAGUGGCAGCAGCUCUUGGGGAUGGCUGGCGCUGGCCUCAGAAGCUAUUGGGCGCCCGUAGCAUGUCCCCUUUGACAUUAGCCGAUGCCAGGAUUGCCUCUUUGCUUCUAGCUGGAGUGCCAGGCCCCGGUGUUUGCGCAAGCCCGAGCAGCGACGCGAGUGACGAUAAGUCAAGCCUCGCGACGGCUUAUUCGAUCAGAUGCUCGGUGCUAAGAAUGGAGCUGUGUGUCAUGAUUUGAGUCGGAGGAUGUUGAUUCAUGAACAGCGAAGAUGAAGGGGAAACAAGGGGAACGAGCCCACAUCAGCAUCGAUCCUUUACAUCAGAUGAUUUGUGGUAGGUUGCACGAGGCUUCAAUGGUGGCAGCAUUGAAUACGAACAUGGGAGUGUUACCGCCUGUAUCGACCGAAUGGCACUCACUCCAGCAGGCGGCCCCUUUACGCCUGUGAAUCCACUAGAAGAAAAAAAAAUCUGCCCCGCGCGGCACUUGGUGUAGUGCAUGACUGAUAUUGGGCGGCCUACAGUUUGCUAUUACAAGUCACAGACCAAAGCACUUUAGUCUUGUGUUUUCACAUUGCACGGGCUAUGUAUUGAGUGAAUGGUUUCAGAUGUUGCUAAUUAUGAUAUGGAACUGCACCGGAAGUGACUUGAGGCUGAAGGGCGCAUGAGGCGCAACGGCCAAUCACCACCCGCCAUAACCCUUUAUUCCACCAACUCACCGACACUGCUGGCGACUUGUAGAAUUCACUCUCCUCUACGCGCAACUGUAAAUACGCGAAUACGGCGUAUAUCCCUAUUUCCCUGUCCGGUUUCCCCAUCUGGCCGUUCCAGUUUUUUAGUCUUUUUCAAGCUUCUUUGGCCACGACCGUCUAAGCCAAGGAGCUCCACCAGGAUUUACCCACCAAGGCAAGUAUACCGCUUGACGCUGGCCGAGUCUUGGGAUACCUGAGCAGCGAAAAAGGCGAGCUGACCAAGAAGCAGUAGACAUUCGGGAAAGAGAGAAGCUGAAUAACCCCUGGAAGACUCCUAUUCGCUCGGUGCCGUCACUACGUACAGUCAGAGAAUUUAGAGACGCCAAGCAGCAAUGGAAAGGUGCCUAGCAAGCAUCAUAACGGUAAGUUUCAAGUAAUCGCAGCAUCAAAACGAUUCAUCUAACCAAAGUGUACGCAUAAAGAGACACGGCCCUCGUUUCUAUAUUGGCCCUCGAAAUGGCACCCGACAUUUAUCCUCCACUCCUCCAAUCUGCGCUCAAGUGAAGACCUCACCGGCAGCCAAGAAGACUAGAUCAGAUCCUAGUCACUUCGAUGAACAACACAA